AUGUCUAAUGAUCCAUUGAAGCUUCAAAGGAGAUCUUUGACCCCGUUUCUCUCCAAGCGGGUGCCUCCUAUCCCCCUGGAAGACGAACGGAAAGUUUGUCCGGAGAAAAAAUCCAAUUGGAUCAGCCAGUUGUUCUUCCUUUGGUUAAAUCCGAUUCUUAAAGUAGGAUACAAGAGAACUCUUCAGGUGGAUGAUAUGUACUUGCUUGCAGACACCACUAAAGUAGAAUACUUGGCAACACAGUUCAACUCUUACUUUGAACAUUACUUGCAAAUCGCACAGGAGCAGCAUAUUGCAAACAAGUGUACGGAAAGAGGAGAAACUGUACCUACAUCAUCUGUUGACCCAGAUGACGACUUGGCAGACUUCAAAGUACCAAGAAAGAUGUUUUUGUGGUGCUUGUUCUUGACGUGCAAAUGGCAAUAUACUUUUGCAGCCGUUAGUGUAACUGUGGCUGGGUUGUUGAAUUGUUUGACACCACUCGUAACGAAGGAGUUGAUCAAGUACGUGGAAAUGAAGGCAUUGGGCCUCGAACACCACACCGGCCGGGGUGUGGGCCUCGCUAUUGGUGUGCCAAUAAUGUUGAUAUCUGGUUCCUUAUGUAUAAGUCAGGGUUUCUACAGGGGAAUGUUAACGGGUGCACAAUUGAAGGGAGUUUUGACCAAAGCCAUUUUGGAAAAAUCAUUCCGAUUGAACCCCCAGCUGAGACACCAGUUUCCUGCUUCCAAGAUCACAUCGAUGAUGAGCACCGAUACUGCAAGAAUCGAUUUUGCUGCUGGCUUCCAACCGUUCUUGAUAUCUUUCCCUUCUUCCUUGAUCUGUAUUCUCGUGGUGUUGAUCGUCAACCUUGGGGCCUCGGCCUUGAUGGGGUUUGCGGUGUUGGUAGUAUUUCUCGUGGGAAUUGGCGGUGUUUCGAAGAAGAUGUUUGCAGUUAGAAAACUGGCCACUGUGUUUACCGACCAGAGAGUCAACUACAUCAAAGAGGUGUUGAACAACUUGAAGAUCAUCAAGUUCUACUCGUGGGAAGAGGCUUACUUCAAGAUCAUAUCCGACGUGAGAACUAAAGAAAUGGACCGACUUUACGUCAUGCAAGGAAUGAGAAACAUCGUCAUUACCUUCAGUUCCACCUUGUCUACCUUCGCUUCUAUUGCAGCUUUCUUGGUGUUGUAUUCGACUGGUUCGAGCAAGAGUAAUCCUGCCAACAUCUUUUCUUCGAUUUCCUUGUUCAAUGUUUUUAGUUC